AGCCCUGCGCCGCGCCCUGCUCGUGCCGCCGCGGCCUGCUGGACUGCAGCCGGCAGCGCCUGUCCAGCGGGCUGGGCCCGCGCAGGAUUCCGCCGCUGCCCGCCGGCACUACGGGGCUCGAUCUAAGUCAUAAUCAUUUAUUAUCAUCCAACUGGAGCAUUGAUUUGUCUGUCCAUACUCUCCAAGAAGUGAAAAUGAAUUACAAUGAGCUAAGUGAAAUUCCGUAUUUUGGAGAAACAACUUCCAAUAUAACUCUUCUCUCAUUGGUGCACAAUACCAUUCCAGAAAUAAAUGCUGAGCAACUCCAGGUUUACCUUUCAUUGGAAAAUUUAGAUCUUAGUUCUAAUCUUAUCUCAGAAAUUAAAGCCUCUUCCUUUCCACGAAUGCAACUGAAGUACCUGAAUCUGAGUAACAACAGAAUAACUACUCUAGAAGCAGGUUGCCUUGAUAACUUAUCUAGCUCACUAAUGGUGAUAAAACUGAACAGAAAUAGGAUUAGUAUGAUUCCACCGAAGAUCUUCAGAUUGCCUCAUGUGCAGUUUCUGGAACUGAAAAGGAACCGGAUUAAAAUAGUGGAAAGUCUUACAUUCCAAGGAUUGGAAUCCUUAAAAUCCUUGAAGAUGCAGCGCAAUGGGAUAAGCAGACUAAUGGAUGGAGCAUUCUUUGGCCUGGGUAAUAUUGAGGAAUUAGAACUGGAACAUAAUAACUUAACAGAAGUAAACAAGGGCUGGCUGUAUGGGCUGCGGACAUUGCAACAACUCUAUGUUAGCCAGAAUGCCAUCACCAGGAUCAGCCCAGAUGCAUGGGAAUUCUGCCAAAGACUUGCUGAGCUAGACUUGUCAUACAAUCAGCUCACUCGCCUCAAGGAAUCUGCCUUUGUGGGACUUGGCUUUUUGGAGAAGCUAAACCUGGGGGACAAUCACAUUAAUCACAUUGCUGAUGGUGUUUUUAGAGGUCUGACAAAUCUUCAAACCUUGGACUUGCGGAACAAUGAGAUCUCCUGGGCCAUAGAAGAUGCAAAUGAAGCUUUUGUGGGACUCACCAGGCUGGAUAAAUUAAUCUUGCAAGGAAACCAAAUUAAGACAAUUACCAAAAAAGCAUUCUCUGGUCUUGAAGGACUUGAAUAUCUAGAUUUAAGCAACAAUGCAAUAAUGUCCAUCCAAGAAAAUGCCUUUGCCCAGGCUCAGCUGAAGGAGCUAGUGUUGAACACAAGCAGUUUGCUUUGUGACUGCCAGUUGAAAUGGCUGCCCCAGUGGCUCAGUGAGAGCCAUUUGCUGCAGGCUGUCAGUGUCAGCUGUGCUCACCCUGAGUGGCUGGCAGGACAAAGCCUUCUCAGUGUGGACCCUGAUGACUUUGUUUGUGAUAAUUUCCCUAAACCGCAGAUCAGAGUCCACCCAGAGACCACAGUGGCCCUGCGAGGCACAAAUGUGACCCUGAUGUGCGCUGCUGUGAGCAGUAGUGAUUCACCCAUGGCCACGGCCUGGCGCAAAGACAGCGAGGUCCUCUAUGAUGCAGAGGUUGAGAAUUUUGCCAGGUACCAGCAGCAAAGUGGGGAGGUGCUGGAAUACACCACUGUCCUGCACCUCUUCAAUGUGAAUUUCACUGAUGAAGGGAAGUACCAGUGCAUUGUCACCAAUCACUUUGGCUCCAAUUAUUCCAACAAAGCCAAGCUGACUGUUAAUGAGCUCCCUUCUUUCCUGAAAACUCCCAUGGAUCUCACUAUCCGCACUGGGGCAAUGGCCCGUCUGGAGUGUGCUGCCGAGGGCCACCCCCCGCCACAGAUCUCCUGGCAGAAAGAUGGUGGGACAGACUUCCCUGCUGCAAGAGAGAGGAGGAUGCACGUCAUGCCAGAGGACGAUGUGUUCUUCAUUGCAAACGUGAAGAUGGAAGACAUGGGGAUCUACAGCUGCAUGGCCCAGAACAUCGCAGGGGGACUUUCAGCCAAUGCUACCCUGACUGUGCUGGCCCUAGUGAGGCACAUCUGGAGUGCUGUGUCCAGUUCUGGGCUCCUCAGGACAAGGGGGAUGCAGAGUUCCUGGAGCAAGUCCAGCAGAAGCUACAGAGAUGAUGAAGUGACUGGAGCAUCAUUCUUACAAGGAAAUGAAACUCCUUCCUUCAUGAGGCCCCUGGAAGACAGGACAGUGACCCGAGGUGAAACUGCUGUCUUGCAAUGCAUAGCUGGUGGCAGUCCUGCCCCUCGCCUCAACUGGACCAAGGACGAUGGUCCCUUGACAGUCACCGAGCGGCAUUUCUUCGCUGCAGCAAAUCAGCUCCUCAUCAUAGUGGAUGCAGGACUGGAGGAUGCUGGGAAGUACACGUGCAUCAUGUCCAACACACUGGGCACUGAGCGUGGCCAUAUUUAUCUAAAUGUGCUGGCUUCCCCCAACUGUGAUUCUUCUCAGAGUGCGAUUGUCAAUGAGGAGGACGGCUGGACAACAGUCGGGAUCGUGAUUAUCGUUGUCGUGUGUUGUGUGGUGGGAACGUCCUUGGUGUGGGUUAUCGUCAUCUACCACAUGAGAAGGAAGAACGAAGAUUACAGCAUCACUAACACAGAAGAGAUGAACCUACCUGCUGACAUUCCCAGCUACCUGUCCUCCCAAGGGACACUGUCUGAGCCUCAGGAAGGCUACAGUAACUUGGAGGCAGGGAGCCAUCAGCAGCUGAUGCCUCCAGCUGGCAGCUACAUGCACAAAGGCACAGAUGGUGGUGCAGCACCGUUAGUGAUCUGCUCAGAUUGUUAUGACAAUGCUAACAUCUACUCCCGGACCCGAGAGUACUGUCCCUAUGCCUUCAUCACCGAGGAGGACCCCCUGGAUCAAGCACUCCCAAAUCUCAUGGUGCAGAUGCCCAAGGAAACAUACACAGUGUGCACCCAGAAUGAAACCAGUGCUCUGGGUAGUCUCUUAGCAGACAGAGAUGUGCCUGUCUUCUGUACCAACCGUGACAAAAAAUGUGAUAAGAAAAUGUAUUCACAGCAGAUUAUUGAGCCCUUCCAGGUUCCUCUGUGGGGAGGCAGCAAAGACCUGGCUUGCUCUCACCCGCAAUUCCUGCACCACCCAUUGGCCCACGAGCCCCCACAGCCACUCCGGAGCGACGGUAUCGCCAACAGUGACCGGGACCAGGCAUCACCCAGACCCUGCCACAAGCUACGGGAGGAGAAUUUUGAUUUUAGCAGGACACAGAACAUUCAUGACCACAGUGAAACCACAUAAAAUGCUCACGAAGCCUUGUAAGCAAAUCCAGAUUGACUAUUUACUACCUCAGGACUAACCCCAAAGCCAAAGAUGCUCAUGUAUGUGUCUGCAGCAGUCAGACUCUCUUGGAGGAGGUGGCACAUGCCCUUUUUUCUGCAAUUUCUCCAUUGGAAAAUGGGAAUGUGCACCAGAGAACACGUGGAUAAUUAGUGCCAUCUACAAAAAUAGCAUUAAAACACGGAUUGUGUGGUGCUGGAAGCAGCCUUUGUGGUGUGCAUGCUUUGGAAAGCUCUCAAGAACAUGUGUAGCUAUUUCACAGUGCUUCGUCUGCUUGGAAACAAACCAUCAGGGCCUCCUCAUGGAAUUCCCACGGAACUGUAAGCAUAAAACUCUUGGCCAGCUUUUCCUUCCUUAGACUGUUGGCAGGUCUCUGUGGCCAGUCUAAAUUUAGGGCUUGUUUUCUUCUAUGAAUAAUAGGCUCUAGUUGUAAAUAAAUUCAUGUUUAUAAAUAUUUUGUAUACAUUAAGCAUAUAAAUGUGUUGGCUGUAAUGUAAAUUAUUUUUUAUUAUGCCAAAGUAUGUAUCAUACUGUUAGUCUUGACAGCUGCAUAUCAAGCCAUAUGGGGGGCCUAGGGGGACCAAAAGCUUGUUUGUGAGGGAAUAGAGCUGUCUUCAUUUUGAAAAGAAGUGCAUUUACUUAUAGAUAUGUGGUAGAAUUUUGUGAUAGUGAUGAAUUUCAUUGUUACCUACAACUGUGUACCUGGCUGACCUGGCUGCAAGCUGAUCCAUUUCAUGAUAUUAGCAGAAUUUCAAGGUUUAUCUAAGCUUUUAUCUAUAAAAAACCCCUUCGUAUUGUGUCUGUUGAGAGGGUCUCCAUAUGUUUCCUAGCUGACAGUUAAGUGAACUUUUUAAAAGAAUGUGGUGAUGAAAAGCAUGAGGUAAAAUGAGAGAGCACUUGAUAAAUACUUCUGCAUAGCCAAAGGCAUAUGGAGUUUAAAACACUGGUCCUUUUCUGUUGUAAAAUACCAGGCUUAAAUUGUUGAACUAACUGUUCCUUUAAACCUUAAUGUGGUCAAAAUAUUUAAAUAUUUGACAGGUGAGAAAUGAUACAAUGCAGGGAACCCCUCGCUAUGGAAAAAUCUUGCUGAGACAGAGGAAGCUCAGACUUGAUAGUUCCAGUGAGAUGUGCCUGACAAAAUGAGGAAGAACAAUGACAUAUAAAGACUUCCUGAAAAGUUCCUCUUUUGGAAAAUGCUCUUUUUUGUAGAAGGUGUUAAAAGACUCUUCUGGAAUGGGUUUUCAGCAGGUACAUUGUGCUCUAUGGUCAUGCCUUUAGUGUGAGGUGCUUCCUUCCUGGUCACUGCUGCCUGCUCUGGAGCUGUAGGAUUUGUACCAAAAUAAAACCAUCUGUGUGAUAUUUUUAGAAAGACAGAAAACCUUUUGGCCCAGCUCAGUUCUAGGUAUGUGAGAAUUCCCAUUAAUCCAUUCCUGGACUGAAGGGUUUGUGACUUAAUUGUCAGGUCUGGUCGUGAAUCACAGCUGAACUUAGACACUGUGGUGAAGGAUUCUGAGUAAAUGAGUGGGGAAACACUGGAAUAAUGAUGUUUUUCCCGUGGCUCUUCGGACAGGAAUAAUAGUCAAAUCUUUGCAAAUGAGUAAAUAUUUUCAAGGGCUCUUCCCAUGCUCUCAAAGCCAGCGUGGCUGCUUUGGUAGACAGCAGCUUAGUGGGAAGGAGAUCAAAUUGUCCUUGGCCUUUGGGUAAAAUAGAGAGAAACAUAGGUGUGUAAAUUUUUGCAUUCUGACAGGUGAAAUGUUUAAAAAAAAAAAAAGAGAAUCUUAAGUUCAUUUCUUUCUGUUUUUAUUUCCUCCAGACUUUUCCUUCCCAUACAGCAUUUAAGGCACAGUGCUUAUUCUGAAUCCAAAGUGAUCCCUGCUGCAGGGACCCAGCACUGUCAGUUUAAAUCCAGAUGAAAAAGGUCAUGCCAUGAAACUACUGCAGCAGCAGCAAAGCCUUAUCCUUUUGGGCUGCUCUCUCAGCCAGUCACUCAAGCUACUGGGACAGGUCGCUGCUGGCAUGUGUGAUUCCCAGGAGUGGAAGAACUGCUGCUGCUGCUCUCUCAUCACCAUUUGGCAAAUUCUGGUUCCUAUAUCUUUCAUUCCUCUCUCUCUCUGUAGGAGCUAAACUUACACAGAUCUGUCAUGGUGCAGCUGGCAUUGUUCAGACGCUGGGAGUACUUGGGGUGCAACUCCCUGGAGCAAGGGAAUUCCCUUUAGGUAGAUGAGAGCUGCUUGGCCCAGGCCAGAGCUUUGAAAUCACUGCUGUCUGCACCAGGACUGUGCUGGCUGUCAGAGAGUGCAGCUAAAGCUGCUCUGAUUUCUGGGAGAGAGUAGCCUAUAAAAGCUGAAUCCUGAAUUAAGACAUUUACAUCCUUCCAUGAGCAUUUAAACUCCAUAAGCUGGUUGUAAAUAGCGGAUGCUUGUAAGAAGGUGCCACUUUGCUGCACUGUGGAAAAACUUAUUUGGUAGACUUGGAGGAGAAAAUCAUGUGCAUCUUCUUUCUCCUUUGCAGAGGCGAUAGAGUGGCCUUUCUUUUUUCAGUAAAAACAAGCAAUUGACCCAGUCAGUGCCAAAGCACUACCAGUACAGGAACUGAGGGGUCAGAAGCAGCAAGAGCAAAGCUGCUUCUGUUCCCUCUUGCUAUUUCUAUUGUCUAUUUAUAUUUUUUUCACAUCAGAAUGUAUAUUUUGUAUAGCAUAUGUAAUAUAUGUUUGUCCAUUGUAACAUAUGUCCAAACAAUAAAAUGCUGUAUACAUUGAGCAUUCAGUGUAACUCUGUUAGUUUGCAAGUCAAAUAAUUAUAUUUUGUCCUAUGGUAUUUAAUUUUCAUAGGGAAAAAAUAAAUUUUGCCAACUGGA